CUUACCUCACUGUCGGUGUUACUUUGUAGUCUGGGCAAGCUUUUUUUCACGUGCGACGAAUGCCGUUUCCUGAUUGGCCAUGAUGUCGGGGCUCAGUAAGAUUCCUUAUUCACAUGUUUGUUCACGUUUUCAGAAAAUUGAAUCAACCAAUGAAAAAGCUUGUCAUAAAAAUGUUAUAUCAUCUGUUGGAAUCACGAGGCAGGGUCACUGCGUCAGCCAAUGAGAUCUCAGCCUUAUUGCAAAAUGUGUCUUAUUCUGACCUCAGUUCUUCGCUGUUCUGCACGCAAUGAUUCUCACCGUGUAAACUACCUCUGGGUUGUUUGUUCAUUUCAGUAUCAUUCCCGCUCCUGAUUACCACAAGAUAUGGAGGAAUAUCAAGGGAGCGAUUCGUCCUACAUCAAAACCACGUCACUGGAUCAAAUUCCAUUCCACGCUUUUUAUUACGUGCCUAUGGCACACAGUCCUUGUAAGUUUGUUCACGUGGCUCAUGAAACAUCUACCAACUCUGACCUAACUGACCAGGUCGUCAGUUCCCCCCCGGAGAAAGGAAAUCUCGCUCCUAGACCCUCCGUUAUCCAAUUCGUUGAUGAAAACCAAAAGGUGGAUACUCGGCCAAAGUGCCCUGUUUGCAACCACAAAUUUUCCAGGCUCGGAUCCUUACGGGUUCACAUGCGAAUUCACUCAGGUGAAAAGCCCUAUCGGUGUCAGUUUUGCCCCAAGGCCUUCGCUCAAUCAGGAAACCUCUCCGCGCAUGUGCGGAUUCACACAGGAGACAAACCUUACAAGUGCAGUUACUGUGAUAAACGUUUUACCCAGUCGUCCGCUCAAAAAAAUCACGUGAUGAUGCACUUAAGGAGAAUGGUAAGCUACCGUCAGGCUGGUGUCAACUACAUGCUGAAUUGAGAUAAAGGCAUUUGAAUAACUUAUGAUAAGGUCGUUCACCAUUUGCCGAAAUUCUCAUAUACAUUAUGGGCGUAGCACUGAGGUAACCUGGGAUGCCUGUGCAACAAAGUGGGUUUAAUGGGAAAACGGUGUAUGGAGGUUCCGUCUGAGAUUUUUACGUUUCCUUUUUCCUCAAGUGAUGACUGAGCGUUUUCUUUUCGUCCUAGAAAAAUGAGAUGGAGACACGUAAACAACGGAGGCAAAUGCCAAAUUAUCGGUGGAUUCCCUAUGUCUCUGAAAACAUUUUUUCCAAUUUGUAAUAUUUUGAAUAUAGAAAGUUCCCAUGAAAAUAUGUUUCUUAUCAGAAUGAUUGGAGUGAUUUCAUUUGACUGCUUCUAUCAGAAUCACCAUCUGGUUUGCUUGUUAAUUCAGAUUGGUAAGUUUAUUAGUUUUGAAAAAAAGUAGUCCUGAUUUUCAAUAAAGCAGAAGCCUGUAGAAUUCUGAUAUUUGUUGCCAUUUGAGGUCAUUUUGCAGAUGUUGUUUUUAAAACUCUGAAAUGCAUGAAUGUGUGAAAAUCAUAAUGCGUUUGAAAAUUAGAUUCAGGUUGUGGUGUGCCUGUUCAGUAAAUGAUCACAGAUGACGCCAAGAUUUGGUAAGAACAGAAAAGUGACGCACAAGGCACACUUUGUUAUUUAUGACGAUAGAGCAAAAUGCUGUCAAUGGUGACGUCAUCUAUUUAUCUGUUUACCAAUACCUCGUAAGUAAGAACCAAUCAGAAUUGGCAUAUCAUUCAGUGUAAGAUCUAAGCUCUUUCUAGUUAUUUUUCGUGUAAUUCGUAUUCAUUUAUUUGGUUCUUUAUAUUUUUUCAUACCUCCUCGUUAGUGUUUUUUGUUAAGUUUGUUAGCGUUUUUCUUCGUAGGUUACAUCUUUUCGGUUGUUUCUCAUACCGCACGUUAUUUCGCAGUCCUCUUAUAUUUAAAGCCAGUUUCUUUUCCGAAUAAUCACUUUUCGAGUCAGUUUACCUCAAGCGCUGAUAUUCUCUUAGUUUACCUAUAGUCGCGCUUGGCGCUGUUCUCUAUUUCAGAGGGCAAUUUUGCAUUUAUACUGGAUGUUAUCAAUGUACGUAUUUUUUUUACGUUUCGCUUCGUUUGUAUUCAUUUGCUGUUUACAGUUUGUGUA